ACCCCGCUCUGGACUCCCCCCAGGAACACCGAGGCCUCCCCUCGGAUGGCUCCCCCGUCCCUUCCCACCGGGUCCUCACGGCCAGCGUCAGUGUCCGGCCCACUGCGUCCCAGGGUCUGCACCCACUUUGCCUUCGGAGCCAGGCCUCUGGGUCCACGCCCAGCACCCACAGGCUCUCUCGCUCUCUCGCGCUCUCUCCAGCUCCCCUGCUCCCUCAGCCAAGCCUGCCCCCCCCCCCCGCGCGGCCAUGUGCCCAGGCCCCUGAGGACCAAGCCCAGCAGAUGUCACGGGCAUCCCGCAGGACGGGCAUCCGGGACCACCCCAGCCGGUCCCUCCAUCGUGACCUCCAGGGGAUCCCUUCACCCCCGCCCCCGGCCCCUGCGUGUCUGCCCUCCGCCCUGGGCUGGCGGAGUCUCUGGUCUCACUAUGCAGGGGACACAAGGGACAGAGGCCUCGGGAGGGAGCCCAGAGGGGCACGGGGGCCUGAGGGUGCACCCGGCCGACCCGAGGGGGCCCGCACGUCCACCCGGGAGCCGCAAGGUGCUGCGCCCGCUGGAGACGUCCAACGCUGUCCCGUUGCCACCAGGGCAAUCUAGUCCUCGUGGUCACACCCCGAGCCCUGAGCGUCUCGUGUGUGCAGAAGAGCUCCUAGGACACACGCAUUUUAACAAAAUCAUAAACGCCGUCCGUGGCUUGAGAAAUCCGGUAGCCUCCGUCCUAAGGCAGGAGGAUGUAGCUCAAGGACGUCCUGCGCCCGGACGGAGGGAAGACGCGAAGCUCCCAGGCGCCCUGAGGGGCGGUGGCCCAGGGCGCCUACGCUCACCCCACGACACUCGGCGGGCGCACACUCACACGCAGUCGCACGCACCCACACACUCACACUCACGCGCACUCACACGCACUCCGCCGGGGCAGUGGGAGCAGCGGGCGGCGUCCCGGAGCCCUCAUCCCGCGUCCUGUGGGAGCCUCUGCGGGGCCCCCGCCCCGACCUCGUGGCCGAAGCGCCCGGAGCCCAGCACCCGCGGCAGGAGCCCCUGACCGGCCCCAGGCUCCCUUCUCGGUUCCCGCCGCCCGCGGGGCCCCGGGGGCUCAGACCAGCCCCGCCAGGCCUCCAGGCUGCGAGCGCGCCGGGCCCGGGGAGGCCUGCAGGCCCCUCCUCACCCCUGGGCCCCGUCGGCCUCUGCAGCCCGGCCCCAGCGGCCCCCGCCCUCCCCACGGUCACGGACGUGCCCCCGGGCCCGAGGCUCCAGCGACGGCAGAGGUGACCGCGAGGCCAUCGCCCUGUGCGGGCGGCCGGCGUGUGGCCCCGGCGAGGUCAGGUGGCGCCGCUCGCCGGCCGGGGUCCGGGUGGGGGGGAGGCGGCCGGCGGCCCGGAGAGCCAGGGCGGAGAAGGGCCCGCGAUGCCGGCGGCCUGCGGCCCAGGUGCCGGCGUUCACCGGCGGAUCGGGCCUCGGCUCCGGGGGCGCAGGAGGGGCCGGGGUCCCAGACGCGCGGCCCCCAGGGCUCUGCUGGAGACGGCAGGUCGGGGUCCGGGGAGGCCGCGGCCGGGUGCUCCGUCUCAGCGCCCGGGCCCAGGGUCCCGAGGACCCCAAGGGGCCCAGACCUGCCCCUGAGACCCCGGGAACAGCUUUAAGGGGAAAAGACAAUCCCCGCGGCUCCGGUUGGCUUCAGGCGGCUUCACCGUAACAUUGAAUCGCACCUGGAGACGGCGGGAGUCCACGAUCUCAGCCCAGCUCUGCUCCCGGCGCCGAGGGGACCGCCGCCGCCCACCCUCGUCACGGGGUCUCCAAUCCGCCGUGCCCGUGCCCGCAGCUGCCCUGGCCCGUGGCUCAGUUUCCCCCACUCAUCUUGCAGACAGCGGGGCGAGGAGGACGUGAAAGUGGGGGGAGCCCUGCCCUCCGGGCCUCCUGCCUCACCCCCAACCACUCCCCACUCCUCCACGCCCCGUUGCCGGCUGUGAGCCACCAGCUGCGAGGACCGCGUGGCCACGUGUCCUGGUGCCGUACCCAUGGUCGAUGUCUCCGGGGAUCGAAGAUGACGCCAACUCGAGGGUCUGCAAUUCCAGGGUGAGGAGAAAGCGAUGGGAACACACUCGAGGGCAGAGGUAAAGCCGCACCCCUGCUCCCAAGGUCACAACGGCCCAAAGCAGCAGACGGAAAUCGGCAUCCCGGCACCGACGACACCGAGCACCCGCGGAGUGAACGCCGCCCCUGGAGCGGAGAGCAGGGGUGCGGCCGGCCUGGGGGCGAGGAGGUGGCCCGGCAACGCCCAGGGAGGUGAACCCUGUCCAACAGGGACCCCCGGGAUCUCGGGCGAGUGGGGCGGCCAGGAGGGCAGCGGGGAUGGCGGAGAGGCACACCUCCACCGGCAACUACCGUGGAUUUCAAUAAAGCAAUUCCUUUGCACUUGA